CCUCAGGCCGCCCCGGGCCCGCGAUGGCGGCGGCAGCGCGGCCGGCGCUGGCUCGGGCCUUGCUGCAGCAGUGCCUGUCCGCCCGGCUACAGGUGAAGCCGCCCGAGCGCGGCUGCGAGGCCGAGUGGGUGGAGAUCCAGAGAGGGCUUGUUAUCUACAUAUGCUUCUUCAAAGGUGCUGAUGAGGAUCUUGUUCCAAAAAUUGUCAAUAUGCUGUUGAAUGUUAAAUUAAGUGAGAAUGAAAGCGGCGAGUACGUUUCUGUUCUUGAUUUACCAGGCGAUGUGCUAAUCAUACCACAAGCUACCCUAGGUGGUAAACCGAAGGGAAGAAAGAUGCAGUACCAUGCAAACAUUGAAAAAGAAAAAGGGCUUGAACUUUAUUCUCAGUUUGUGACUUUGUGUGAAAAAGAACUGGCUGCCAAUUCCAAAUGCAUGGAAACAGGUGUUCUCGUCAAGCAUGGCACAUAUGGAAACAGGCAGGUUUUAAAACUGGAUACAAAUGGACCUUACACUCAUCUGAUUGAAUUUUGAAAAAAUAAAUAUCCUGGAUACAGUA